CCUGGCACCAAGGGGGCGGCUCCGGCAGAGACCAGACCCAGCGGCCCCGGGCGAUUAUGGACCCAGCCGAGGCGGUGCUGCAGGAGAAAGCGCUCAAGUUUAUGUGCUCUAUGCCCAGGUCUCUGUGGCUGGGCUGCUCCAGCCUGGCGGACAGCAUGCCUUCGCUGCGAUGCCUGUAUAACCCAGGGACUGGCGCAUUCACAGCUUUCCAGAAUUCCUCAGAGAGAGAAGACUGUAAUAAUGGCGAACCCCCUAGGAAGAUAAUACCAGAGAAGAAUUCACUUAGACAGCAUAAGGGCCCAAAUGAAGAUUACUCGGAAGUUGGUCUGGCUACUGCCGUCCAUUUCAAUCAGGUAACUGGUUUCCCAGUCAUCUCAAAAACAACUCGUGUGGAAGAGUACAGGACAGUCAGUUUGCCUGUGAGUAGUGAAGCCAAAAUGAAAGAAAAGGCUUCCUGUUCAGGAGACAGAGCUUGA